AUGGCUAUUGGUAUUGGCAUAAUUGGGCUGAGUGCCUCACCCACAGCAUGGGUCUCCCGCGGUCAUAUGGGUGCCCUUCGACAUCCACGCCUCUCGUCAAAAUAUACGCUUAAGGCUCUUGCGACUUCGUCGCCGUCUUCUGCUACCGCAGCGGCUGAAACCUGGGGUCUCCCACGGGAAGCGGCAUAUCACACCCCCGACCAAAUUGCAGCAGAUAAAAAUGUUGACUUGGUUGUGAUCGGCGUGAAACUCCCACUUCACAGGGACCUUGCUCUUCCCUCCUUACGAGCAGGCAAAGACGUGUUGAUUGAAUGGCCCCUUGCCACAAAUAUGGAAGAAAUAGAUGAGCUGCGACAAGCCGCACGCGAUGGUGGAGGAAAGGUUUGGGUCGGUCUUCAAGCAAGAUGUUCUCCUGUGAUACUGAAGGCCAAGGAGAUCAUCGAGAAUGGGAUCCUAGGCAAAAUAAUCUCAACCAGCAUUGUUGGCACCGAUAGCACGUUGCUUUAUUUACCACCAAAGUUUGACUAUGAGCACGACAAGAAGAAUCGUGCGGACAUCUCCAGCAUUACUUCAGGCCACAUCCUCGAUGCGCUAUGUUUUCUCCUAGGGGAGUUUGAAGCUCUGACCUCCACGUCCCACUGCUUCUUCCCCUUGAUCGAAACUCCGCACCACUCAGCUUCGGUCCCAAGGGAUGCUCCGGACUCGUUCAUGGUGCAAGGUGUUCUCUCAAACGGCGCAGUAGCAAGCCUUUCUCUGGUCCUUGCGACAAAAGAUACGCCCUCUUCUAUCAGCUGGAUUAUCACUGGUGAGAAAGCCUCCCUGAAAUUCGAAGGUCCUAACAUCAAUAUUCAAAUGAUUCCUCCUGAGUUAUUCCUUCAUGCCGGUGCCGGAAAAGAGUGGGAAAAGAUGGAAAUCACUCCAGCGUUCGCAUUUGGACAGGUUGGUGAGCUCUACGAGGCAAUAGCAGACGGGGAAAAGACAAAAGGUUGCCUCGUAGACCUGGAAGGGGCCGCUCUGAGGCAUCGAAUGCUCGAAGCAUGCGCUCGAAGUUCGGAAUCUGGGACCAGAGAAACAUAUACCAUAGAAGCAUAG